CUCCUUUUACUUGCUUCAUGGAGUACCUUCUUGAGCAUGGUGCUAAUCUGGCUACAGCAAGUGAGCUAGGUGCCACAACCUUGUUUUGAUCUGCUGGAAUAUGGGUGCACACUCUUCCUCUUCCUCAUCCUCCUUGAAAUGAUUAUGAAAUGUUAUUGACACUAGAUGAGAACAAUCAUCAACAUGGUGGUGCAUUUGUUCACCAGAUAGAUAGUUUACCACAAUAAGUAGUGCAGUACAGGUUUUCAAUGGAAAAUUUGAUGGAGGUUCUCCGAACAAGAGCUGUUACGCGUUGUGCGAUUGCCUCAGGCAGGGUCAGUGCCUCCAAUCGGCACUUUGAUGAAGAAAUGCCCAGGAUUCAACCAGGUCAGAAUUCAAGACCAUUUCUGGCUAGGGAUAUGCACGGGCGCCGCAUUUAUCACCUUAAAUACAACAGGAGGAUGGUGGGGCCCCGUCCGAAGCAAACAAUUACUGGCCUAAGACGCUUCUUUCAAGAGCAUGGUUUGCAACCUGGGGAUCUAAUUACUUUGUACAAGGAGGAGGGCAAUGAGAUUUUUGUUGGGGUGCUAAUCGGUUGUGGGGAGGAGGGAGUUGACAGAUCUGGGACGAGUCAAGCGACCACCAGCCAGGAAAGAAAGAGUGGGUGGGGAGGGGAACAAUCGGAUUCUUAUGGGGAUUUGCUCAUGGAUCGAAUAGGAGAGGGACGAAGAGGAACAGACGACAGAUGGAACGGCAGAAAGGAAGAUCUGGUGUCCAAUCGAGCGGUGGUGAUGAGACCGUCCGGUCGUCUGCAAACGAAAGAAUCGAGGGAGGUGGGAGGUGUGAUUGAGCAGCGGGGGUGUCGUUUGUCCGCCCCCAACCCGCUAAUAUCAAGGCUUCAGCCUUGUGCUGCGUUGUUUCCACUGCCGUUGCUUUUUAGCUCCGACUAUAUCUCCUUCUUUCAGAUCUCGUUUGUUUAAUUUUUCAUUAGAUUCAUGUCUUUAUGUCUCCUGUUUGCAAAUCAUUUUGGUGGAUUAACUUUUAACCAGUUUUAUUCGGAUCUGACCUUUAAUUUAGUGUACUUAAUGUUACAGUCGUAAAAGUGAGGAGUUAAGGAAGACAAAGGGUUAACGGGAGAGGAAUGAAGUCUCCCUUGAUUUUGAGUCAGGUGCCUACCUAUUUAAAAGCAGAUACCUUCUUCUUGGCAUUUACAGAAGUUAAAAUUCUUUGGUUGGUUCUAAUGUUAUUUUGCAAACCUGAUCUUUUGCUUGAUGUUACAAUCCAAUUUAGAAUAAAGGAGAAAGAAGAAAAAGAAACUAGAAUCAAGAAGAAGAAGGAGAAAGAAGGAGAAUUCAGAUAGAGAGACAGAGUCGAGAGAGAAGUAGGAAGGAAACCAUAUUCAGUUUAUUCAUCAGAUGCCCUUGAAUCUUGGUUCAUUUUCUUUUUACAGCCUAACAGACUAGCAGAAUCCAUAGAAUACCCUUGUUUACAAUUUGGGAUCUAACACUUGACUGUAUAUUUUGAUGGUGCAUUAUUCUUCUCUAUGUUGUUCAUUUUGGCAAUCGUGUUUACUUGAACAAAGGAAUGGGUAGCUA